GUGCCGCCCAAUUCAUUCGUUUGCUUGUUGGGUCAUUUUGCCGGGUGUGUUCUUCGUUCGAUAUUGGGAUCUUCGCAGUGCGAAUAGUGCAGCAAAUUUGACAAGACGCUUUGUUUGGGAUAAGUUCUAAAUAUUUGGAGAAAACGGGGAGCAUUGAGCAUUGUUUGAACAGUGUUGUAAAAGUUUGUGUGAAUUUAAUAUCGAUAAAUAUUAAAACAAAUUCGAGAACCUUUAAUAGCUUGUGCAAAACAUUAAAAGGGGAGAGCCCAGAAGCAGUGAACAAAGAAAAAGAAAGGUAUUUGAUAUAAAAACCAUAGUUUAAAAUGGAGCACGAGGAUAAUGCGCACUUGGACAACGUUUUGCAAAGCUCGCCCCAUUUGAUGGAUAAUUUGCAGAUGGCUAGUGGUGAUGGUGUGUGUGAUAAUGUUGUAGCAGAAGAGAUUGGAAGUAGUAUUGGUGGAAAAUUUGGUGAACAUGAAGGGCAUGACCAGGAGGAAUGGAAGUAUAUUAAAGAAGGGCAACAGAGCGAAAAGCAGCAAGAGCGAAUUAGAGACGGUAUAGAUAGUAAAGAUAUGGAAGACGUAGAAGAUGUUGGCAACGGGCAUGGAUACGUAUAUGAGGUAGGCGAUGUCGGGGCCGACGAUUUGCUCUUGCUAGACAAGCACGAAGUUGGUAACGGUGUCGUUGGCAUCUCAGCCGCUGUUGACGUAGACGCCAUCAACACGCCAACCGGCAUUGAAGAGAAUGAAGCAUUAAAAAAUUAUGGUGAUUUUUCACCAACUUCUAAUACAACGUCUAUAGGCGGCGAAGACGUCGAUUCGGAUAAUGGUGUACUGCAAGUCGAAAUGAAAAUCGAAACAGCAACAUUACUGCAAUCACAGCCGGUUGAAAAUCUAUUGGGUGCUGGUGGUGCUGAGAGAAAUUUCGUAGAGAUGGAAGAAGAGGAACCAAGUUCAUUGGCAACAAAUACUACCAAUGGAACAAAUAGUCUUAGCGAAAAUGCUCCACUACAACAACUAAGUUCAGAAAAAAAUGAUCUAAAAACCGUGGAACUUUCUAUAGAAAACAAAGAAAAUGCUAAUCCUAGUUUACCAAGCAUUGGUUUACAUGGUGGUAAGGAUGAAAUUAUCAGACCUAAUGACCUGGACUUUGAAACGCACUCACACUUAAACCCAAAUGCUUUGGUGUUCGUCCCCAGUGUUGGUUCGAAUCCGGCUUCACCCCUAGUGCCCACAAGCGAUAGUGCAGCUUUUACUGUUGGCGAACCGGCUUUAAACAGUGAUGCAGAAACAGCGCCACAACCACACCCAAACUCAAUAGCACGCCACCUGCUUAGUGAUGAUGAUUUCGUGGCUCAGAGCCCACGCAAGGGAAGUGUUGAAUCCAAUUUAGAUGGUAUUGCAUUGCCUGAAGAAAAUGAUUUUGAACAUGAAGCCGCAAAGCGUCCGCAUGAAUUGGAGCAAGAAGACGAUUUAAUUGGUGUUGGUACGGUACAGCACUUACAACAGUUUGAAAAUCAUAAUAAUGAUGGUGUGCAUUUGCUCAAAGAAGAUAAAAAUGCAGAAGAAGCAGAUUAUUCACUUGAUAUUCGUCAUUCCCCAGCAAAUAUAAUCGAUCACGGUCCUGAAACAUCUGUCGAUUUAGAUGCUGAUAUUGGAAUUCAGCUAUGUGAUAAUGACAACCUAGCCCAGCAACAUAAAUUUGAAAUGCCUGAUCCUAUUGAGGAUGUACUUAAUACAGUACAGCCAUUACCAAUCGAUACUGAAAGUGUAAACGUUUCUUUUAUUGAAGAACGGUCACAACAAGAAUUAGAAGCUGGAGGAAAGGAAUUGUUAGAUGUCGAAGAAAAAGACUACAUUUCUCAAUCGCCUUCGACUGAAGAAAUGAAAAUGAACAUGCAAAAUCAAAUGCAUUCAUCAAUAAAGGAUAUACCACAAAUACCUAUUGAUAUGCAUGAUGGAGCAAAUAUGCAAGAAUCAUUCUACUUAGACAGCACUUCAACUGAAUUACAAAAUGCAGAUGAUGUAACCCUUAAGCGAACAGGCGAAAACCUCACUGACGCCAGUAACCCUUACCUUGUAGCAGAUCACAUUUCAUUCGAAAAUAGUUGUUUUGCGAAGCCCAGUGGAGCUGAACUGGAAAUUGACUUUGAGCACGAACAUCCCUCUCUGAAUAUAUUCGCUCCAGAAUUCACUCCUGGUCAAAAAUCAGUCUGUACAGAUGGGGUAUCACCUUCUCCCAUGUCAACUGAGGAGAAACACUUAGUAGAAGAUACCAAAGAACUGGCAACUAAAAGCGAAACUUCAGACGAACUUGAGCAAAAAAUUGAUGACUUAAAACUUUCUACAAAAGAUGGAAUCCUCUCUCAGGUGUGUAAUUUACCUAUAUAUAAGUCGUGUAUAGCAAAUUUUCAACUAAAAAGUCGCCGCUAGAGCGUCAAAGCAAAA